ACGACACAGAAAAUGUCAUGACUUUGAAAGAGAGCUUGAAUGUGCAUUGAACAUUCGAUAUUAGAAUAUGCCUCAUAUAUUAAUAAAUGUACAGGAAUAGUCUACUUGUUUGGAUAUGGAUAUCGUACACGGGCAUGAACAUGAACUAAUAAUGAUGUGAUUGACAAUAUAUAUUUUAAGCUUUACAUCCAAUAAGGGGAAAAUAAGUGCGGAUAAUCAGAGACAUGUUCACUUCAAAACAUCGUUUUGUUAUUUCCGUUAUAAUAAUAGGAUUUCUUACUGCUCUCCCUUACAUCAUAUACACAAGAGUAAAUAUAGAAAGAUUGCAGAGUCCCCAAUACAUCACAAUGAGAAACAACAUUAACCUAGAAGCAGAUGAACGGUUGUUUGAUUUCAUACCAUCAUCUGGAUUUUCAGAAGAGGAUUCAUCAAGUUUGAAAAAUAAGACCGCCGAUAAAAUCAAAAUAUACAUAUAUCAAUUAGACGAUCGCUUUAAUAUGAACAUAACUACAUGUUUGAGUGACCCUACAAACAAACCUUUGCAUGGACGAGGAUGUAAUUAUUUCAAUUACCAGGGAUAUGGUAAAACACUAGAGACGAUGGAUAAGGAAGGAUAUGUAGUGACAAGUCAAUGUCAGUUUGGACUAGAGCCUAUCUUUCAUAAUAAACUUUUGCGAAGUGGUCUUGUUACAAAAGAUGCAUCAAAGGCGGACCUGUUUUAUAUUCCUUACUAUGCAGGACUGUCUUGUUUUUGUGGUCGAGGCUUCAAAACGUUGGAAAAAAUUGUAUGGACCAUUAUAAAGACAUCGGCGUUCUUCAAGAAAGGGAAACCACAUUUCAUGGCACUGUCGACAGUGCAAAGGGAUCUUCAUCUCGGUGGUUGGGUGAACGGUUGUAGUUUCUUGUCAGGGCGACCACGAGCAGAACAUAUGAAAUUUGUGAUAAUCGAGGGUGCUCCUUCACAGCCAGAUCUCAUUCCUGCCCCAUAUCCUUCUUAUAUCCAUUACUUACGACCCAAUGCCCACGUUGCCAUUGACAACGCUAGACCUAUUCACGUCCUGAUGGCCGGGAAUCCCAUGACUGCCUUCAGGAAAUACUUAAAACUUGAGUUAGAUGAUGAGUACAAAAAAUACAAAGGAACUGGUCGAUACAGCCUUUGCCUACAAACACAUUCAGUGAACUACACCAGACUUGGCUACAAAACAUUCCAGGCUUUGUUGACAGCUACCAUGCGCAAUGCAACAUUUUGCCUUCAGCCUCAUGGAGACACCCCUACACGCAAAUCAUUCUUUGAUGGACUGCUGUCAGGGUGCAUUCCGGUGAUUUUCACAAACCACUCAGCGUAUUAUCCGUUCAUAGAUAUGCAACACGCCGGGUUCCCAUACCCAUACCAUACAUUUACUAUUUUGCUCAAUGAAGAGGACAUUAUGAAAAAUAAACGUUCUGUUUUGAAGCUGUUAGGUGAUAUACCAACAGAAACAAUUAGAAAGAUGCAGGAAAGAAUAGUUGAAAUAGGGAAAUAUUUCCAGUAUGGUUUCUACGAUGAUGAUGAUGAUGCCUUCACGCUUACAAUUCAAAAUGUAAUGAACAAAUUUCAUAUUAAAAAUAAAACCAGUCACAGUUAACUUGUUCGUUAUGUGU